AGAUAAGAAUGAAGUACUAUGUGAUGACGUAAUGCUAGAUAGAGUGUGAUUGGCUGGAGUGUGACUGCCCCUUGUAGAUAAUAAAAGCAGAGGUCCGCAGCAGGCAGGCAGAGGUCCUGAUGCUGCAGCAGGGAAGAGGGUUGUGCUGUCUUGCUCUCUGACCAGAGGACGACUGACCAUGCUAUAUCAAGAUAGAAGAUCUAGAGGAAGGAGCCAGUGCCCAAGAUAUGCCCAAUGAUGGACAGAUUGUGAGCCUUGCCUGUGAGCCUCUCUUGCUUCUGUGUCAGGGCAAGUGUCCAGAGGAUGGCUGGGAUGAAAGUACACUCGAACUCUUUCUGCAGGAGCUUGCAGUCAUGGAUAGCAACAAUUUCUUGGGUAAUUGUGGUGUGGGAGAAAGGGAAGGAAGAGUGGCCUCUGCUUUGGUCGCUCGUCGUCAUUACAGGUUCAUCCAUGGAAUUGGACGAUCUGGUGAUAUUUCUGCUGUGCAACCAAAAGCUGCAGGCUCCAGCCUCCUGAACAAAAUUACUAAUUCUUUGGUGCUUAAUGUUAUAAAGCUGGCUGGUGUUCAUUCAGUGGCCAGUUGCUUUGUAGUUCCCAUGGCAACUGGGAUGAGUCUAACCUUAUGUUUCCUAACACUGCGACACAAAAGGCCGAAGGCCAAGUAUAUCAUAUGGCCACGGAUAGACCAGAAGUCCUGCUUUAAGUCCAUGGUCACUGCAGGUUUUGAACCUGUGGUGAUAGAAAAUGUAUUGGAAGGCGAUGAGCUGCGCACAGACCUGAAAGCCGUGGAGGCUAAAAUCCAGGAGCUCGGGCCUGAGCAUGUCCUGUGCCUUCAUUCCACCACAGCCUGCUUUGCCCCCAGGGUGCCUGAUAGAUUAGAAGAACUGGCUGUGAUUUGUGCUAAUUAUGACAUUCCACAUGUAGUCAACAACGCUUAUGGAUUGCAGUCUUCAAAGUGCAUGCAUCUCAUUCAGCAGGGGGCUCGGGUUGGUAGAAUUGAUGCUUUCGUUCAGAGCUUGGACAAAAAUUUUAUGGUUCCAGUAGGUGGUGCUAUAAUUGCUGGCUUUAAUGAUCCCUUCAUUCAGGAAAUCAGCAAGAUGUAUCCAGGAAGAGCUUCAGCUUCGCCGUCCUUAGAUGUCCUCAUCACCUUGCUGUCACUCGGCUGCAAUGGCUACAAGAAGCUGUUGAAGGAGAGAAAGGAAAUGUUUGUCUAUUUAUCUACCCAACUAAAGAAGUUGGCCGAGGCCCACAAUGAAAGACUACUCCAGACACCUCACAACCCCAUAUCCUUAGCCAUGACACUUAAGACCCUAGAUGGACACGGUGACAAAGCUGUCACUCAGCUUGGCUCAAUGCUUUUUACCAGACAAGUGUCUGGAGCCAGGGCUGUGCCUGUUAGGAAUGUGCAAACUGUGAGUGGCCAUACUUUCCGAGGCUUCAUGUCCCACACGGAUGAUUACCCCUGUCCUUACCUCAAUGCGGCCGCAGCCAUCGGCAUGAAGAUGCAGGACGUGGACCUGUUCAUAAAGAGACUUGACAAGUGCUUAAACACAGUAAGAAAAGAACAGAAUAGAGCAAGUGCUGUGUCUGAUGACAAAGCUGAAGCUGCGGACGUUGAGGAAAUGGCUUUGAGACUAGAUGAUGUGCUUGGGGACGUGGGCCAGGGCCCUGCUUUAUGACACAGGGCUGGCUCUUCACAGUUCAUACAAGCAGUCGAAACAAUAUGUGUAAAGUUUUUGAAUCAAGAUUUUUAUAGAGAAUAUUCUGUCUAGGAAGAGACUGGUCUGAGGGUAGCCAUUGGUGACUGAUUUUUUAUCCUUAGAUAGCCUCAGUCUAUGAUUCUUAACAUGUUAUAAAACAUGUUAAGUUAUAUAUAGUUGCAGUGAACACAAUUCAGACGAUUCUUAAUAAUAUAAAUUUUAAAGCUACGUGUAAUUCUCAUUCAACUACAGAGAACUUCUUAGCCAUUUUUCAGCAUUUAAAAAAAUUUUUUUGUUUCCAAUCACAUAGAAUUGAGAAAGAGCUGUUUCUAAUGCUGCUAAAUACUAGAUGUUUAUUUAGCUGUCUCUGUACCCAUUGAAGGGACAUUCAGAGGGAAACAGAGCCAAGUCAUAAGCUUAAGAGCAGUUGUUCUUAGCUGGACUGGCUUCAUUAUAUAUGAGCAACAUAGAAAGCCUCACAGUGGGUGCUAGUGGCAGUGAAUGGGAGACCCCAGCAGUUCUGCUCAGCACCUCACUACUGCCCAGCACAUGCUUCCGCAAAAGAAGUCUCCAGUCCAGAAUGUCAGCGGUGAUGGGUUUUAAGGACGUGUACUCUUCAGUUAAAGGGGAGUUUCCACAUGUGCUGCCUGAUGGCAUUGCAGUGUGUGGGCUGCAUAGAAGUCAGAGGCCCCAUGAGAGUAGUGCCUAGCGAGGUGAUGGGUGUCCUGCUUGUCCAAGUAUGUGCUAUGCUGCCCUGAUACCCAGUAAAUCAGCUGAGUAUAUAGUUUUAGAUGAUAUCUCAGUGAUAUGUGACUGUAAAAAUUAACAGCUCUGUGACUGUUACUCUGUGACUGUUACUAAGGCUACUUCAUAGAGAAUGUUAGUGACAAUAAGAGUCACUAGUUUCAAAGAAGUUGUUACAAAUUGUUUCAUAUAGUACCUGUUUGUUUUUCCAUUUGGGCAACUGAAAACGUUAUUCCACAGUCUAGGCUUUAAACAGUCUUUGUGACUGCAUAUAUAUGUGAAUGACUGAAAUUCUAGGCCCAGUGCCUCUAACUGUGAUUUUUGUUAGUUAUACAGAACAAAACAAACAAACAAACAAAAAAAACUAACCAAAUAAAAAAGAAAACUAGACUGGGGGCUUAGUGAAGGGUCGUGGAAACAACCGUGUUUCUUAGACCUGCUCUGUGGAGUGUCACUCUACCCAAAAUAUAUUCAUGGGGAAAGGGUCCAUGGAGAAAUAAUUUGGGGAAAUGCCUUUGUAAAUUUGUUCAUGCUGUAUUAAAUGUUACAAGAGGAUUUCUUUAGUAAAAUUGGCCUGUUUUUCCAAAGAAAAGCCAGUUCUCUGAAGUGAAACACUCCUUGGACAUGUUUUCCCAGCACAAGGGGUCAAAUGUGUUAACCUCUGAUUCUACGCUUGUACUGGUGUGCCACUGAGCUGUAUAUGACAAGGAAGUCUUCCUUGUGUACAUUAGAGGUGUACCAUUGAGAAGCUGUUUUGAGUGUGUAAGCUGGGUUGUGUGAGCCGCUGAUGCACCUGCAUGUCAAGGCCGGAUGAAGAACUCACUCGCAGAUAUCUAAGUGUAUUCUCCCUUUCGGGACCAGACACUAACGUGGCUCUUAGGUAGCUAUAGUAACUCGUUACAUGGGAGUAAAUCCUGGGGUGUAAAGUUCUGUUCUGGUUUCCCUGUGGAUUCGGGGCUGCACCGUAGUGAGAUGAAACCACAGAGGCCCAGUCUCUGGAGCCUAGGAGCGUCAGAUGAUGCCGCCAGUGGAAGUGCUGGCAGUGCAGCCUCCUAUGCAUCAGGCCAAAAUGAUUUUCUAGAAUAAGUGAUCUAUAUUGUGUGAUCAUCAUUUUGCUUAAGAACGGCCAGAGUCCAGAGACUGGAGAUGCUUCCUCAUCUGCCGAGUAUCAGCAGUUCUUGGGCUUCAGCUGCUGAAUAGAGAAUAAUUUUAAUUGAAGAUAAAUUACAUGAACCCACAUGUGAAUGAUAGAUAUGGUAGAACAUUUUAUUGCUGGUGCAUAAAAUCUGCUGCAGUUUUGGUUAUUAACCCUUUCCUUUUUACGCACUUUUAAAUUCCAGCUCUGUUCCUCCUGGCUCCAUGCUUGACCCUAAGGUCAGGUUUUGUCUCCCCCAGACCUGUAUAACUUAACCUAAUGUUCCUGACUCUGCGUAAAGCACUGACAUUACCUGGGAUGCUUCCUGAUUUGCCUGUGUUGCCCUCAGGCUAUGGCUGUGGAGGACACAGUACAGGCAUGCCUAAGACACUGCUACUCUCUUUGUGGCCCAACUCCUCUUACAAUAAAUAAGGCCAUAAAGUAGACUUUUUUGCAGUCACUGGGCUGGGCUGGAGUAGUCUGCCUAGAGAAGAAAACUGAAUCACAGGUUGUUUGGUCACUAAUGCAUCUUACAUUGCAGGGAGAGGUGUUUUCAGUUGAGUCUCAGUUUCCCCUAGAUCCCUGCUGAUGUGUUCUCACUGUUAGGGAGAUAUGACAGAGCCUUGUAAGACAGUGUUAACCAUGAAUCUUCCUACUGGCUUGUGGUGAUAAUUGAAUUCAGUUAUACAAGAUGAGUUAUAUAAUACAGUUCUGUUCUACCAAUAGACCUUUGAUAUACAAAUGGUAAAUUUAAGUAUCAUUUAAAUAAAUAUUUUUUCUAAUGUUUUGACCCAGCACAUGAUUAUUCACUGAUUCUAUUUCUUUAACCACAGGACAGUAAGAACUGUCACUGAGGCCCUAGAUAUAGAAUAUGUCCAUGCUAUGACUUCCAUAGUAGAACUUAGACAAAUAUUCUCAUGUUUUAAACAGAUGAUAAUAUUGAGUAAGUGACCUCCUCCUGACAAGUUCAGUUUUGAGUCUUUUCACUGAAGUAGGCAAUCAACAGUUGAAAGAACAACAAUGAAAAACAAUGAUGAAUCUCACUCAGAUUGUCCUCAGAGAAAAAUUUGAAAUACAUCCACAUUUGGUGCAGAUAAAAAUUGGAUUUCCUUUGCCUUCCAAUCUAGUUUCUGCCAAGCUGGAAAAUGGUUUUGUUUUGCAUUGAUAAGAUUGACUUUAUAUAUUGAGUUGGAAUAAACCUAGUUUUAUAUGCACAGAAGCUGGUUAAUUUCAGAUAUUUCAUAAUCUCUGAAUAAUUUGGUAACCAAUUGGCCAUGCUAGUAGCAGAAGUGCAUGUGUGUGCGCAUGCGCAGGCAUGUGUGCAUCGGGGAAUCAUGGGACAGACGCUAGGUGCUUCCGUGUGUUCAUGCUGGUUCUGCUCUUUGGCCAGCCUUCGUCUGCAGGUCUGACUGAUGCCUCCUUCAUGCCUUGCAUCUGACUUUCAUAUUGGCCUCGUGGUCUUUGUGACAUAAGAUGGUGAUUUUACAGCUAAGGAAUAUUAUUUUGUAACUAACCAGCUAAUAUUCUUCAGUUCAAGCUAAGGCCUUGGACAAAGUCAGGUUGGGUUUAUACCAUCUUCCUUUUUUUCUUUUAAAUCAAAUACUACCCACAGGAGCCUUUGGGAAGAGGUGAAGGAAGGCUAAGUUUGACCGUGUAACUGGGGGUGGGCUUACACUAGGAGACUUGUAAUGUGGCUGUCAGCCUCCUGACCUGCAUAUUACCAAAAGGGAGAAACAAUUCCAGAAAUAUUUUCGUAUAGACUGUUUAAAAUAAAAAACAAAUUGUAUAAUUUAUUACAUGAAAUAAAAUUUUAAUAAAUCAUU